AUGCCCCGACCAUCAUUAGUCUCUCUGGAUCGCGACUGCAUCCCAGUCGUCGAUAGCUACAGAGCCAAGCUUCAGAAAAAGGCCGAGAAGGUUUUGAGCACUGUUAUCCCCGAAGAGCUCGCCAAGCUCGAUGAAGUUCUUCAGAAUAGCAUGAUGAAAAGUGAUUUCCAGGAUGAAGUUCGUGAUUUCACGGAAGAAACAGUUUCAUCAUAUGAAAUGAUGCUUGAUGAGAUUGCCGAAGCUAAUCAGGAAAGAGCUCAAAGUAUCUUUUGCAUAGAAUCCUAG